AACAAAGAAGCUAAUUGAGAAAAUUCAGUCGUCGCCUCUUUUGCAACUUCUGCUAUCUUAAGAAAAUCGUUGAAUUUCGGGAGAAAACUAAAUUACUUAAUCUGAAUUAGGAGAAGAAUUACCUAUCCCUAAAUUUAGGGGGGGAAAGCCCUUCCUUUUUCUCGAAAAAUCAUCGAUUAUUCAUCCGUCGUCGUUGAUAUGAAUAUCCCAAUCCAAAGAAAGGGUUUUUCACUCCUUUUGAUUUCAGUUUUCUCGUUAUGGAGUCGGGCUGAUUCGAUUCGGUUCGAUCUGGAAUCCGGCCACACCAAAUGCAUAUCAGAGGACAUCAAGAGCAAUUCUAUGACCGUCGGAAAAUACCAAAUUGUAAAUCCCAACGACGGACACCCUUUGCCUGACUCUCACAAAAUCACCGUUCGGGUGACAUCAGCGUACGGGAACAGCCAACACUAUUCAGACGAUGUCACUGAGGGGCAUUUCGCUUUUCAAGCAGUGGAGGCAGGUGAUUACAUGGCUUGUUUUUUUGCCGCCGAUCACAAGCCUUCUACCACCAUAACCGUUGACUUUGAUUGGAAGUCGGGCGUUGCUGCCAAGGACUGGACCAGUGUCGCCAAAAAAGGUUCUGUUGAGUUGAUGGAAAUAGAACUGAAGAAAAUGCUGGACACAGUCCAAACCAUCCACGACGAGAUGUACUAUCUACGCGAAAGGGAGGAAGAGAUGCAACUGCUGAAUAAAGCUACAAACAACAAGAUGUUCUGGUUUAGUUUUCUAUCGAUUCUUGUGUGCCUAUCUGUAACUGGAAUUCAGCUAUGGCAUUUGAAGUCUUUCUUCGAGAAGAAGAAGCUUAUUUAAUCUAAUGUGCCAUUUUAGUAAUUUAUUGGCAUUUCUGAGUACUGUACAAUACUUAGGGAAGAGAUGAAUUACAUUUUUUAUUCGAUAUUGUAACAGAACUGUAAUAAAUUUUAUUUUAUAGGGGUUUUAUUGAACUGAGUGAAGACGAGAGAAUAGAGAUACUUGUAUUUUCAAAUCACUUUUUUUGUUUUA